AUGACACACACAACCGAGCAAGUCUUGGAUCACCAUCCUCAUCUUCCCGGGGGGCCCAAUGAUGACGGCGUCGAGGUGACUCCGAGCGGCUAUCGAUACCGCAUGCUGAAUGGGAUAAUGAUGCCGCCGCAUGUCACUCCGGAGUGCUACGAGCGAUCACGCCGCGUCUCGACACGACCGAAAGAUAUCUGCUUCACCUCGUAUCCCAAGUCCGGUUCGACGUGGUUGUCCUAUAUUCUGGUGCUCUUGACAGGCCGAAAGAAGGACUACCUCCGUGACGAUAUCCACUGGGUCGAGAGCAGCCGCACAUAUCCACGCACCGACCAGGAGCUGAACAACGCGCCCGACUGCCGAAUCUUCAAAAGCCAUAUGCCGUAUUCGAUGGCCCUGGCCGGUAACCCGGCCGAGAACCCCUGCCGAUAUAUCUACAUCGCUCGCAACCCGAAAGAUGUCUGCGUGUCGUACUACCACUUCGAGAUGGGCAAGACCUGGUCUGGAAUGUGGGAUGGCUCCUGGGAGGAGUGGCUGGAGAUGUUUCUCCAGGGCAAGGUCCAGCGGGGCGACUGGUUUGACCAUGCGCUGAGCUGGUGGGAGCAUCGAGAUGACCCAAAUGUGCUCUUUUUGCGCUACGAAGACCUGCUAAAUAACACGGCGCGGGAGAUCGGGAAGAUCGCCCAGUUCCUCAGCCUCGAAACGGACGCAGCCCAGAUUGAUGACAUCGUGACCAAGGUGGGCUUCCGCGAGAUGCAGUCCUCAGAGUACAGCUCGUUGUCGGAUAUUAAGCAGUUUACCCAUUUUUUCCGGAAGGGCAAGGCGGGCUCCUGGAAAGAACAGUUCACCGUACAGCAGAGUGAGGCGUUCGAUGAGUAUUUUCGCAGGAGAGUUGGUGCCUCGGGCCUUAAGUUUGAUGGCAAUUAA